UUGGUUUUCCUUUUAGUCUCUAAAAGUCUUAAAGAAAACAUCAACAUUUAGAUGAGUUUUGAUUGUGGUUACGUUGACACCUUUUGGUUAAAAAAUUUUCAAAAUUAUUCAAAUAUAAAAUUGAAUUUAAAUUCAAAUAAAAUGGUGGGCUGGCAGGAAGAAACCUAUCUUUAUGAUCCUGAUGUAUUAUUGAAAUUGGAUUUCCAUCAAAGUCCUGCUAAGUUUAAUCCUUUCAUUUCUGCUGCUUGCCCCGGUGAAUCUUGGCUUAAGGUUCGUCCCUUAAAAGAUGGCGACUAUGAUCGUGGUUUCCUGCAGUUGUUGUCGCAGUUGACACAUGUUGGACCUGUCUCGAGGACACAAUUUUUAACACGAUUUUCUCAAAUGAAAGCAAGUGGUGACUAUUUUGUAACCGUUAUAGAGGAUACACGAAAAAAUGAAAUAAUCGGAGCUGCAUCUUUAAUUAUUGAACGUAAAUUUAUACACAAUUGUGCUAUUCGUGGACGUUUGGAAGAUGUGGUAGUAAAUGAUACCUACCGUGGCAAACAAUUGGGUAAACUCAUUGUGGUAACCGUUUCCCUUUUGGCUCAAUACUUGGGUUGCUAUAAAAUGUCUUUGGAUUGUAAGGAUAAAUUGAUUAAGUUCUAUGAAACUUUGGGUUAUGUUUUAAUACCCGGCAAUUCAAAUUCAAUGACCAUACGUUAUGAUGAAUCUCCAGUUGUUAAACAGAAUUUAACUGCUUUCAAUGGCGCUGGCAGUGACGCUUGUCAAACCGUGAGCCUUGAUUUUAACUCUUGACAAUUAGCCGCCAGUACUGCCGCUAAAUCAAAACUUUAAAUUGUUUAAAAUUAUAAACCUAAACAGCUGUAUAAAAAUUCGUUUUCAAAUCUUUAUAGAUUGUAAUAACAGCUGUUAUUUUUUCCCCAGGAAAGGAACAAGGCCCUCUUACUAUAAAUUGAAAAAGAGUUUUUCUUUAUUUGUAGUUUUAAAGAAAAUUUCUUUUAAUUUUUUAUAGAAUUAGGUCCUUAAUAUUAAUGAGUUUUUUUGUAUUUUUUUUCUUUUCUGGUGUUUAUAAUUUUCUUAGAAAAACAAUUUUAAGUUCUGAUUUCUCAAAGCUUUGUCAGAAAGAGCAUAUUUUCUAAUAUUCUCUUGGCUUUGAGGGCAGUGCUGGCAAUAGUAGCUUGGCUAGUAGUUUGUAGACAUAGUCAAGUGUUGUUUGCUUUAGUACUUAAUUCCUAUAAUAUUCUAACUAUAAAUAAAUAGUAUUUUCAAAUUAUUUAAAAAUUUCUUUUAAACAAUAAUAUUUUCUUUUUUUUUUUCUUUAAUGCUGUCUAUCUACUUAAUUUUUGUGUUAAACUACAGGUUGUAUGUAUUUUACCAUUUAAAAGUACAUUUAUUAAUUGAAAAAAUAUAUAUUUUUAUUAUUAUUGUUAUUUUUUUAGAGUUAUGUAUUUUAUGUAUGAGUUCUGUCAUUCUGUAUAAAAUUAAAUUAAAUCUUCACAAGUCUUAAAAUUAAUAGUAA